CCAUCGGUAAUGAGAUGUCUCUGUGGAUGGCCGGGAAGGAACAGCAGCUGAGUGAGAACAGCGAGUGCCUCCCAAAUGUCAGUGUGGCUGAAGGUGUGAGGGAAAUUGCCGACGCUGAGCCCAUCUCAGGCCGAUCAGGUGAAAAAGACAGCCUUUCUGGAACCCUACGGACUGGUCUCCUUUACAAGAUGGACACUAAAAAAUGGGAUAGGUGGGAACAGGAGUGUGAGCACAGCCGGGAGCCAGCGAGCAAGCAGGAUGAGCAAGAAGUGGGUGCUGUUUGUGAGGCGCCUCGAGUGUCUUCCCUGCUGCAGCUUUCCGAGGAGAGCACCCCGACACUGGCCCCAGAGAGCUCCGUCCUCACGCUGAGCUACUGGAAUGCAAAGAUGGGUCUACAAAUGAAAGAACUUGGAGCCAACCACGCUGACUGGCUGGAGAAAAUCAACAACAUUAUGCAAAAAAUCAGCAAUACGGAAAGCACAGUCAAGAGCUUGUUGACAGAGGUUAUAUCCCUGGAAAACCAGUCUGAAAAUCUGGAGGACCCUGAUCAGGAGGCGCACAUUGAGGAGAAGAUAGCAGAAAUUAGGAAGCAGUUAAAAGAAAUGAACAUCAAACUGGCCCAGGUCGAUGCCUGCAACGAGGCCCGUGGAUUAAAGGAGCAGCUCAUUGACCGGGUAGAGAGCUUCCACAGGGAGAUGGAUGUAUUGAACACUCAGCUGGAGAUGUACCACAGGCAAGAAAGGGAGCCAGGCUCCCACAGCUCUGAAGACGCGGCUGUGGAGCAAGCAGAAGCCCUGCUUCCUGAGGCCUCUCCAGCCCCUUCAGGGUCACGUCCUCCUGCCUGCACUGCAGUGUGGAAGCUCGCGCUGAGGCUGCUGCUCGCGCUCUACGUGGUGGCCGUCGCGGCGCUGGCGUGCUACGUCCUGCUCGUGGACGCCACGUUCGUGUUCGAGCGCCUGCUGCCCGGCGUGCUGGGCCACCGCGCCAUGUGGGAGCUCCGCGAGGUGAUGGCGCCCUUCCUGCACCUGGAAGCCGAGGCCCUGCUGCCGUCCUGAGCCCUGCGGCUUGGGCGCCGCCCGGGCCGGCCUGAGCGCAGCGGCAGCCAAUUAAAGUGUCUGUUCAGUGUUUAUAAGCGGCGUCCUUGCUGUGUGAGACUGAGGCAGUCACGGAA